UCUGCACGCCCCACAGCAGCAGGGCUGUGCGGGGCCAGGCCGAGGCGCCCUUACAGCCGCCCGGCAGCCAGCGGCCGAACGCAGCCUGCCCGCCCCGCCCCGCCGUCGCUAGGCCCCGCCGCCAAGGGAGGAAGUGUCGUAAGGGCUGACAGGAAACUUGGCCGCGGGUUACGGCAGCGGCGGCCGCGCUUUGCGGCCGCUGGCUGAGCGGAGAGUGGGAGCCGCGGCGCUGAGGAGACGCGGGGGAUAUGGCCGAGGUACCGCCGGGGCCUAGCAGCGUCCUCUCCCCGCAGGGGGACACGCUUUCCCCCUUUCCCGGAGGAGGAGGAGGGGGAGCUGCUUCUUCCUCCUCCACCUUCUCUGCUGCCGCUGCCGCCAGCACCGGGGCCCAGGACGAGGAGGCCGAAGAGGAGGAGGAAGAGGAGGGACCCACGGGAGGACGGGAGCAGCAGCGAGGAGGAGGCAGCAGCGACGGCGGCAAGGGGGGGCAGCAGCAGCACCGCCUCCACCACCACCACCACCAUUCCCCGCACCACAACCACCAGCUCAACGGCCUCAUCAGCCCCGAGCUGCGGCACCUGCGGGCCUCCCUCAAGAGCAAGAUCCUCAGCUCGGAGGCAGGGGCAACCCCCGAGGGGCUGGAGAACAAGCGAGCCAGCAAAACAAUGGGCUCCGGACAGCAGCAGCAGUCAUCGUCCCCGACCACAACACCGUGCUCAUCCCCUCUUAACAACCACCUCCCUCCCCAGGGAAGGACUGCACCCUCUCCUCCCCCUUCUCCCCCAGCAGCAGAGGCAGCGAAAGGGGACAGGAGCCAACCUGCUGCCACAACUACAACUGCUGCUAAGACUGCAGCCCGCAAUGGACUGGCAGGAGGGACUGGCUUGGAGGAGGAAGAGCAGGAGGAGGGGGAUGAAGGAGGGGAGGAGAAGGAGUCGCUGCUGCUACUCUCCAGGUCCUUAGAAGCAGCUUGCAGUUUGAAAGGCUCGGGAACGGACUCUCAGCCCGAGGAGGACCUAACGAUACGAUACGUCCGAUAUGAGUCAGAGCUGCAGAUGCCCGAUAUCAUGAGACUGAUCACCAAAGAUCUGUCUGAACCCUACUCCAUUUACACAUAUAGGUAUUUUAUCCACAACUGGCCACAACUUUGCUUUUUGGCCAUGGUAGGUGAGGAGUGUGUAGGUGCCAUCGUCUGCAAGCUGGAUAUGCACAAAAAGAUGUUCCGCAGAGGUUAUAUAGCCAUGUUAGCAGUGGAUUCCAAAUACAGAAGAAAAGGAAUUGGUACAAACUUGGUUAAGAAAGCUAUUUAUGCUAUGGUGGAAGGAGAUUGUGAUGAGGUCGUGUUGGAAACAGAAAUCACAAAUAAGUCUGCUUUGAAACUUUACGAAAACCUCGGGUUUGUGCGAGACAAGAGGCUGUUCAGAUACUAUUUAAAUGGAGUUGAUGCACUGCGUCUUAAACUGUGGCUGCGUUAAAAAGAAACCAUCCCGUCAAGCAACUGACGUCCCAACAGCGCAGAGUCGUCCUUUGCAUGCAAUGCAAUUUGUACAAAAUUGCUUUGCAGGUGGACUUUAGUAAUUAUUAUUUUUCUUUUCCCCCAUGCAGCUCUUUCUGUCAGUGUCUCAUCUGAGUGUCGCCCACAUUUGUUGCACUUUGGCAUGGCGCAUUUGUUUCUGAGAAUUAAAUCCCGAGCGUUUCGACCUUCUCUUUCGGUACCGGUGAGAUGUGCCAGUUGAUAGCCAAGAGGCGUUCGUUCCGUUUGCAAGUCCUCCUUGACUGUUAUCACCUACUACAGUGAACGUUUUGAGCAGAGAAACCUGUCUGCAGAACGUUACUUUCGGUUCCAGGUUACAAAAAACAAAGGAGAAGAAACCAAUGUAGAUUGUAUAAUUCCCUUCGAGUAUUACUAACAUUUCAUACAAAAAACCACCAGAGUUUUUUGGGGAAGAAGGAAAAAAAAAUCAAACAAAAAGCUUCAAUUUUAGGUUAUUAUUUUUCAAUAUUGACUCUUUUUUUUUUUCCCCAUUCUUUUAAUAUUGGUACCUCAGUGAUUAGUGAAUGAAAACAAAUGUAUCGUAUAGGGUGGGGUGUGUGUUACAUCGAGUCACAGUAACAAUGACAUUGCGUCUGCCAGUGCCUGUAUAGAUAAGUAUCUUUGUCUUCACCUCUAAGUUUUGGGAGUGCAUGCUUUUCUUCUUUUCCUUUUUUCCUUCAGUUGUCUUUGCAAGGAAAAAAAAACACAAACAAACAAAACAACUUUCAGCUUUUUAUUUAAAUUUCUGGAUUUGAUAAUAAAUUAUUUCAGAUUUUUUUUUUUUCCUUAUUUGGAUAUUUUUUUUUCCCCCCAAGUGAGGGGUUUGGAAGGCUCCUUCCUUUCUUACAGCAACAAAGCGUAAGCUAGCUUGAAAUCGUUUUGAGUAGCUGCUAAAAGAGAACCUGAUAUGCACCAAUAAAUCUCUGCUGGGUUUUAUUUUGGAUGCACUUUUUUUUUUGGUCAUUAAAAGGGUGAGGGACACUUAAAAAAAAA